UAGAUUUCCUUUAUUUAUGGCGGACCAGCUGAACAACGAGCCCGGCCAGCCCACGCCGCUGAUGUCCAUACGCUUCGAUCAGCAGCAGCAUGAAAGUGCGGCGGCUAAUGGAAGUGAGAACGGCAAUGGAAACGGGAACGCCGGCGAAGCUCCCGAGGAGAACUCCGCUGCGGAUGCGGAGAAAUCCGCCGGAGAACUGGUCCUGCCCAAGGCCCUGGAGGAUGUGCUGGCUCUGAAGGAUCAGCGGGCGGCCGAGUUCACCGUGGACGCCGAUUCGCUGGUUGGCAGCGGGGGAGUCACCCAGGAUGGCGAUGAGGCGGAUGUGGGCGAGGACAGCGAGGAGGAUGCGGAUAACCAGGUGAACGGCGACGGCGGCCAGAAGCCCGGCAGGCAGAGCAAGGCGGAGCGGAACAAAAAGAAGAAGAAGCGCAAGAAGCAGAACAAGAAGAUUCGCCACCAGCUGGAAUUCGAGCGGCAGCAGCAGUUGGCCCAGGCGGAUGAGCACGAGGCGGGGGAUCAGGAGCCGGCCAAGGAGCCGGAGUCGAAGGCCGCGGGCAGCGAGGACGAGCAGGUGGCCGAGAAGGAGAAGAAGGACAAACACAAGGAUAGUCGCAGCAAGCGGCGGAAGGAUCGCAGCGAUGAAAAGGAGAAGGACAAGAAGGAGGCCAAUGAAGAGGAUGUGACCAUAGAAUACGUGCCCGAAAAGAUAACCAUUGCCGAUCUGGCGCCCAUGUACCGCCAGUUCUAUCGCGUCUUCGAGAUCUUCAAGCUGGAGAACAAACCAAAGCCUGCGGAAAAGGACAAGAGCCAACAAGACUCCGAAUCCGUCAGCAAGGACAAAAAGGCGGCCGACAAACUGCUCGAGGACGAGGACGACGAUGGCGACGAUGACGACGAGCACAAGGAGGACAAGGAGAAGCUGUCCAAGCGCAAGCUCAAGAAACUAACGCGUCUCAGUGUGGCUGAGCUGAAGCAGCUGGUCUCGCGACCCGACGUCGUUGAGAUGCACGAUGUCACGGCCCGGGAUCCCAAAUUGCUGGUCCAACUGAAGGCCUACAGGAAUACAGUCCAAGUGCCGCGACACUGGUGCUUUAAGCGGAAAUAUCUGCAGGGCAAACGGGGCAUCGAGAAGCCUCCCUUCGAUCUGCCCGCCUUCAUCAAGAAGACGGGCAUCAUGGAGAUGCGCGAGUCGCUGCAGGAGCGCGAGGACGCCAAGACGCUCAAGGCCAAGAUGCGCGAACGCGUGCGUCCCAAGAUGGGCAAGAUCGACAUUGACUACCAGAAGCUGCACGACGCCUUCUUCAAGUGGCAGACCAAGCCGCGCAUGACCAUUCACGGCGAUCUCUACUACGAGGGCAAGGAGUUUGAGACGCGUCUGAAGGAGAAGAAGCCGGGCGAUCUGUCCGAGGAGUUGCGAAUUGCCCUGGGCAUGCCCGUCGGCCCGAACUCGCACAAGAUUCCGCCGCCCUGGCUGAUUGCCCAGCAGCGCUACGGGCCGCCGCCCUCGUAUCCGAAUCUUAAAAUUCCCGGCCUGAAUGCGCCCAUCCCGGACCAGACUUCGUUCGGCUAUCAUGCCGGCGGUUGGGGCAAGCCGCCAGUGGACGAGAACGGAAAGCCGCUGUACGGUGAUGUGUUUGGAACCAACAUAUUGGACCUGGAUAAUGGCAUUGACGAGGCCGACAUCGAGCGCAAUCAAUGGGGUGAACUGGAAUCGGAGUCGGAGGAGUCUUCCGAGGAGGAGGAGGAAGAUGGCGAGGAUCUGGGCGAUCAGCAGGAUGAGACUGGCCUGGUCACACCAGUGGAGGGACUGGUCACACCCUCUGGACUCACCAGUGUCCCAGCCGGCAUGGAAACGCCCGAGAAUAUUGAGCUGCGCAAGAAGAAAAUCGAGGCCGAGAUGGAGGACAAUGAAACCCCCGUUUUGUACCAAGUGCUGCCCGAGAAGCGCACGGACCGCAUAGGCGCUUCCAUGAUGGGCUCAACCCAUGUCUACGAUGUCAGUGGAGGCGGGGCCAACAAACAGCCGCCAGUUCGAUCCACUACAGAUCGCGAGGGCAUCGUGGAAUUGGCCCUGGAUCCCAGCGAGCUGGACAUGGACAACGACGCCAUGGCCCAGCGUUAUGAGCAGCAAAUGCGCGAGCAGCAGAAUCACCUGCAGAAGGAGGAUCUGUCGGACAUGUUGGCCGAGCAUGUGGCGCGACAGAAAUCGAAGCGCAAGCGACAGCAAACGGAUCCGGCCAAGACCACAAAGAAGUACAAGGAGUUCAAGUUUUAGUUCGACAACAAGAAAAAACAACUUUUCCAUUUGUGCGUUUGUCAAGAAUGUCAAUAAACUUAGUAAAAACAAA